ACUGUGGCUCAUAUUUUGUUUUUUUGUUGCUGUUUCGCUGACUUGUUUUAUGUUUAAUCGAAGUUGCGCAUUAAAUUCCGCAGAAAAUCGUUCGAAACCGACGCAUUUCAAUGCAGCUGCCCCCUUUUAUUUGCUAGCGCCAGGAUUUUGGAUACCAGAAACGCCGAGGGGAUACACAAACACGAACGCACACAAGCGCAGGAUUCAAGGAUAAAGCCAAGGACUGCAGCAACAAAAACACAGUCAUGGCCGACAAUGUGUUCAAGUCGCACGAUAUCGGGCUGCGGGCGCAGAAGAAGAUCCUCUCACGCAUGGCCACCAAAAACAUAGCCAAGACGUUCAUUGAUGGUACAACGGCCUCGCUGCUGGACAACCUGUACAGGCUGUGCAAACUGCACACCGGGAACAAGGCCAAGGCGGAGAAGCUGAUCAAGAAUAUCAUCAAGAUUGUGAUUAAGAUUGGAGUCCUGCACCGGAAUAAUCAGUUUAGCGACGAGGAGCUGCAAAAGGCGGAGAACUUUAAGAGGAAGUUUCAGAACACCCAACUCUCCAUCAUAUCAUUCUAUGAGGUGGACUUUACUUUCGAUUUGGCCUACCUGCAAAAGUCCAUUGCCGAAUCGCAUGUGGCACUCAAGUCCAUUGUACAGCCGCAUCUCACAGAGAAAUCGCUGGGUCGCAUCGACGAAGUGUUCGAUUUCUUUGGCGAGGCAACGUUGCUGGAGACUGCCUUCCGAUCCGACUCCCCCUAUCGCGAGGUGAUGGGUAAAAUCGUGUCUGACAUUAAUGCCGCCAUGGAGAUGGGUGACAUUUGAAGGGAAUGCAGACCUAAGCUGACAUUGCGUGCUAUGAAAGGCUAUUUCUCUAUCGAAACCAAAAAGCAGCCAGCUUGCUUAAACCAUAAGCGCACCCACCAACACCAAAAUACAAAAGUCUAGAUUUAGAUAGAGAACAGAGAUAGGGAGAGCGUUGGGGAGAAAAGCUAGAAAAGACACAAGGAAAACAAAGGAAAGCCAGGCAUAAACAGAGUUAAAUUUAAUUUGAAUCGGUGAUAUAUCAUUGACAACAAAUAUCAAAAGUGUAAAGACGUCCGUAUUAUUGAUUUUUUGAUGACAACGUUAACGUUAAUAUUUGUAUGUGUACUCAAGUCUAUAUAUAUAUAAUGAUGUAGUUUGUAAUAAUUAGGAAGAACCAAAUGCAUUUCGCCAAAGGAAUUCACCAAACGGAAAUUGUAAACUCGAGCAAAAUGCUUUUCUUUUAAUUGGUGUGUAAGUCGUUGACCGUAUAUAGUAAGUGUGUGCGUGUAACUUUAUAUAUGUAUAUGUACUAUAUAUGCGUAAGACCAAGUGUUAAAUGGAAAAUACUUCAAGCACAAGAAAAGCAAUUACUUUUUGAUACUCUAAACUCGCUAAAGAACACCGUCUGAAUCAGACUUCUAUGUACUUAAUUAACCUUUGUUGAUCAGCGGAUCAGCGUCACCUAAACUCACCUGUGUGUGCUAGAUGUAAACCAUGCUAAGUUGUCACCAGAACCUGUUUAUCACCCAGACUCCUUUGCCUAUUGAUCUUCGUAUUUCUCUAUGUAUUCCAAGCCUCAAAGGGGUCACUAACCUUAAGCAUUAUUUAUGAUGAUAUUCCCACACUGCGCGGUUCCCACAAAUGAUAUUCCAAGUACUUGAAAUCGAAACAUAUCGAAACUAUCGGAGAAACAACGCUAAUGGGGACAAUAAUUUCGAUAUUUCAAGCACCAUUUUAGUCGUUUAGAUUUUAAAUAUUUAUUUGUUGAUAAAAUAAAAAGCAACAAUUACCGAAAA